AGAGGGUGCCACAGUAGCUAACUGCUCCUCGAGCCAUAAGGAGGCCCUCGCGCUUUUCUUUCUUUCACCCCAACAGGAUGGAGUCCAUAGGCGCGCGUGGUAUUUCUGUUUGAUCUUCGAAAAGAAAAAGAAAGAAAGAAAGAAGAAGAGAGAGAGAGAGAGAGAGAGAAGGAAACCGUGGUCGCACAACAGACAGAAAGAAAGAGAGGAAGAAAGGAAGAAAGAAAGGAUGGCGAACACGGCACAUCUCGUCCGCCGGCAAAGCUCGCGCGAUUUAAAGCCCCAGAAAAGUGUCGACAAACUUGAAAUGAAGGAGAUGAGAGGUAGAUUAGUGGUGGACAAUAGAAAGACUAACACCACUGCCAAUUAUGGGGCCACGAACGCAGCCUUUGAGGACUCCAGUCCUAACAUGAAGAACAAAGCGGGGAACGAGGGUGGGGGUAGCAAGCUCGGGAGCAACGAGGGAAAAGCGAUUUUUCGGCCGGAAGCGGGCGAAGAUGAAAGAGAAAAUUGGGAUAGUAAGCUUACUUUUCUAUUAGCAACUGUCGGAUACGCCGUUGGCCUUGGAAACGUGUGGAGAUUCCCGUAUCUCGCUCAAAAGAACGGCGGAGGAGCAUUUUUGAUCCCAUACUUCGUAAUGCUGGCCAUCGAGGGUAUCCCCAUAUUCUAUCUGGAAUUGGCAAUUGGCCAGAGAUUACGGAAGGGCGCUAUCGGUGUAUGGAAUCAGGUUUCUCCGUACAUGGGUGGUAUAGGCGUGAGCAGCGCCGUAGUAUCUUUCAACGUAGCUCUCUAUUACAACACUAUUAUCGCUUGGUGCCUAUUUUACUUCGUUCAAAGUUUUCAAUCGAAGCUACCGUGGGCCGAGUGCCCGAACGUGUAUUUCCAAAAUGGAUCGUACGCACCCGAAUCGGAGUGUGUGAUAAGCAGUCCCACGCAAUACUUCUGGUAUCGGACAACUUUGAUGAUAUCCGAGGACAUAAACAGCCCAGAAAUAUUCAAUUGGAAGAUCGCUUUGGCUCUGGUGAUCGCCUGGAUCCUGGUCUACAUGUGCAUGAUCAAGGGAAUCGCUUCAUCAGGGAAGGUCGUGUACGUGACCGCCACAUUUCCAUACAUCGUUUUGAUCAUUUUCUUCUUUCGUGGCGUCACUCUGACAGGGAUGUCCGACGGCCUGCGUCACCUUUUCACCCCAAAGUGGUGGAAAUUAACCGACCCAGUGGUGUGGCUGGAGGCUGGCACGCAGAUAUUCUUUUCCCUUGGUUUGGCGUUCGGCGGUUUAAUCGCGUUCUCCUCUUACAACCCUGUGAACAACAAUUGCUAUCGAGACGCGAUAAUGGUCAGUUUAACGAACUGUUUCACUUCCAUGUUUGCCGGGAUUGUUGUGUUUUCUAUUAUUGGUUUCAAAGCUACCAUGGUGUACGAGCACUGUUUGACCGAAAGGAAUGCAACCCUGUUCAACAUAUUCGGCCAAUUGGAUAAAAUACCCGAUGAAAUACCAGCGACUGGUACACUUUUGAACGUCACCACGGGAAACGGGACGUUGGACAGUUUGAUCAUGCCGGAAUUGCCCGAAUGCGAUCUCGAGAAAGAAUUGGACAACUCAGCAUCGGGGACUGGCCUGGCGUUUAUCAUAUUCACGGAAGCGAUCAAUCAAUUUCCCGGGGCUCAAUUCUGGUCCGUGUUAUUCUUCCUCAUGUUGUUCACCCUGGGGAUCGAUUCUCAAUUCGGCACACUGGAAGGGGUGGUUACGAGUAUCGUUGACAUGAAGCUGUUCCCAAACUUGCGCAAAGAAAUUCUCACAGGUGGCAUUUGCUUGCUUUGCUGCGCGAUCUCGAUGGCGUUCGCCCACGGGGCUGGCAGCUACGUUUUCGUGUUAUUCGACAAUUUCAGUGGCAACUUUCCCCUGUUGAUCAUCGCGUUCUUCGAAUGUAUCGCGGUGUCGUACGUGUACGGUUUGAAAAGAUUCGCGGAUGAUAUCGAACUGAUGACUGGCAACCGUCCAGGCCUUUAUUGGCUGAUCUGUUGGAAGUACUUGAGCCCGAUGGCUAUGCUGAGCAUCUUAAUCGCAUCGAUCGUGGAAAUCAUCGUGGAUGGGAGUGGUUAUCCAGCUUGGGUUGCCAGCAAGGGUAUUACGGAGAAACACGAGUGGCCUGUUUGGGCGUUGGGCCUCAUCGGUGUCCUUAUCCUCGCCUCCGUUCUUUGGAUUCCCGCCGUUGCAAUUUGCAGACUUUUCGGAAUACUGAUAAUCGAGGACAACGAGAAAGCGUGGUUCCCCGCUGCCGAUCUGAAAGAAUUUCACGGGAUAGUGCCCCACGAGGUGACGUCGGCGGAAACGUUGCUGUUCUGCAUAAGGAGCGACGGCUCGGAGGGGCUGUGUUGCCCGACCGGUGGCCCCAGCGACGACGACGAGGAUCUCACCUAGGAAUGGUCAUCCUCUCGCCCCCUCGAUUAACGCGCGUUCAAAUGGUUCAUAGGCCGAGCAACAGCAUUUUUUUACUCCGUGUCGAGGCGUGGACAGUUGGCAAUCCGUUUAAACCAUGCCGGACCUCGCAUCUCUCGUUCUUCCUUUCACAUUCCUGACAUUCUCUUCUUUUCACAGAGCAUAUAAUAUAUAUAUAUAUAUAUAUACUUUAGAAGGGUACAUCGUGUCAAUUACUCGAAAAUACUGACGUUUGUAUAAUUCGAUCUACGCGUGUGUUAUUUAAGGGAGAAUUUUGAAUUGAAUUACGAAGAAGGGAGAGGGAGAUAAUUGUUUGUUUCAUCUUUUCUUUCAGACGUGAUCUUUCUUUCUCUGCUGUUUUUCGAGUCUUUGAAUCAUUUAACAAUACAAUACGCGGAUGUCAAUAUCGGAUUGGAAGAGCGGAAGCGUUUUCAGCGAGUAACGUUUCGCGAGAGAAACGAAUAUGACGGUGUAAGUAAACGUAAAAAAAAAAAAAAAAAAAAAUAAGGAACUGCAAGUUCUUACUUUCGAGGCAAACUUACAGUUUCUUCGCUUGCGAAGAUAUACGAUGCAUCUCGAUGUGUUUGUCGAGAUAUAUUUUAUCACAUUUAUUCGAUUCGUGAUGAAUACUUUGCGUGAAAAAGCUUUCGAAAUUUUAUCUUUUAUACAUUGUGAUAAUGUUAGAGAGAAAUUUAAAUAAGGAAAGAGGAAAGCGAAGAGGAAAGUACGCAAGAAGGAAUGCAAAAAGGGAAAUUAUACAUGAAUAUAUCGAAAAUUACGUUCCCGUAUGAUUUAUUAUUAGGAGAUGUGUCGUGUAUUCAAAGACUAUCUAGCAUAUAACGCGUCAUUUUAGCAAUUUACAGACGUACAUUCUUAAAAGAGAAGUUGAAAACUCUGCAACCACAGAUUUGCAGACGAUCAUGAUAAAAAUAGGAUAACUUAAAUAAGUUAAAGUUUAGGCUCGAAAUAAAAAACUUUUACCGCUUAGCAAAAAUUGCAGAUAAACGUGAGAAACGUAAGAUUAGAUGUAGGAGCCGUCCAAUGGCCGUAAAGGGAAAAAGAAAAA